GGUGAAUAUGGAAGUGGGAAACGAGAAAGAAGCCAUAACAUUAUUGGUAGGGGAAGAAGAGAAAGAAGAACUCCAAAAUAAUACAAGUGGUUCCAAGGCACCAGUAUUCACGUUAUGGAUUGUUCCUUCAUUCAUUUGCUUUCUCGAAUUGCCGGGUUUAGUUCUUCUAUCAGGUUUCACAUGCCCGAACUUGGCAAAACUCGGUCAGCGUCAUACGAUCUUCAUCUUCGUUUCCGCAAUCUACUUCAUGUUGCUUCAUUUACUCCCAAUUAAACUUGCCAUUCACUGGGGUGCAAAGGCUCCAGACUCUUCGUGGGGGCGCUGCGCUAAGUCGGCCGACCUGAUCCUCGUCAUCCUCAUCUCGGUCGUCGUCGGAUACUGUAGGUCCGACAAUGAUCGCAUUUUCGAUCUGUGGAUUAUGAUUGGACUUACAUUCUUAAAUAUCAAAAUCCACAUGUUUGUUAAAAUUCGAUGGAGGGUUUUGGAUUAUGGUGCACGAGAUAUGAUGGUGGCAUUAGCGAUGCAAGUUUUUGCUUACUGCAAUGUGGUAAUGCUCCUUCACGGGGUAUCAUCAUCAUCAUCUCGACCUGACAGUGGAUUGGGAUUUCGCAUUUCAGCGCUGCUAGUCACGAUGGCGCCUUGUGGAACCGUCGUGUUAUGUGCAUUCUCUUCUGCUCCUGUUUUAGAUAGGCCUGAAAAUCUUACCGAU